AAAGAAGAAGAAGUUUUAUUUCUAUGGGAAGUAUAGUUGAUAUAACCUAUCUAAUAAACGUCAAAAAUUCAUUAAAAAACUAAAUACGCUAUAUUAUUAUUUGGUACAUAAAAAUCGUUUAUUUCUAAAAAUAUAACUGCAAUGAAUAACGAACCGCUGAUAAGCAAAAAAAUUCUUUACGGAGGCAGUAAACCUGUUACAUUUAAAAAUGGUAUGAAGGUUACUUUUCAUUUUCAAACACGUUUAUGCAAUGAAGAUAAAACUGUUAUCGACGACUCCAAAAAAAUGGGAAUUGGGAAACCCAUGGAAUUAGUUUUGGGCAAAAAGUUUAAGUUGGAAGUUUGGGAGGCAAUCAUAAGGAAGAUGCAGUUGAACGAAGUGGCUGUGUUUACUGUCAAUAAACAAUUGGUUCUCCAAUAUCCGUUAGUGUCUAAAACACUAAGAGAUUCGUACAUUCCUGUUGAACAGAGAAAAGGCCACUGUUGCGCAAUGACUGUUCAACAGGAAGGAAUUGGUUAUGAUGAUUUAAAUCAAUUGCUUAAAAAUCCACAAGACUUGGAAUUCGUUAUUGAUUUGUUGAAAGUUGAAGAGCCUGAAGAAUAUGAGAAGGAAACUUGGCAGAUGAAUGAUCAGGAGAAACGUGAACAAAUUAUUAACUUGAAAGAGAAAGGAAAUCUUAAAUUUAAAGAUAAAAAUUAUAAAGAAGCAUCAGACUGUUAUGCUCAGGCAAUAGGCUUAUUAGAACAGUUUAUGAUUCGGGAAAAGCCCAGAGAUACAGAAUGGAAUAAGCUUAAUAAACAAAAGAUUCCUUUGCUCUUAAAUUUUUCACAGUGUAAACUCUUUGAAAAAGAUUAUUAUGCUGUUAUUGAACAUUGUUCAACUGUUCUUGAUUCAGAACCAGAUAAUGUAAAGGCAUUAUACAGGAGAGCUAAGGCUCAUGCAGCAAUUUGGAAUGUAGAACAGGCAAAAAAUGACUUUGCUAAGGUCAUGAAAUUGGACAGUUCACUAACACAAGCCGUAAAAAAGGAAUUAAAUAAUUUAAAUGAGGUAGUAAAAAAGAAAGACGAGGAAGAUAAGAAUAAGUUCAAGAAUAUGUUUUAAAAAUUUGGGGGCACAAGACAUAAAGAAGGUCUAACAUAUAUGCGGUGGCAUUUUUGUUUUUAUUUUGAUAAGCAUUUAUUAUAUUAAUGUAUUUUA